UCACAGUUCCCACCUUUAUAUCAAAUUUGGUGUCAAUAGGUGAAACUGUUUCCAAGGAAAAUGAGUAUGACAGAUAGGCAGGCAAACAUACUGACAGUAGACCGAUUGUAAUGACGUUUUUUUUUUAAACAAAACUUUUAAAACGAACAACUAAUACCGCGCCCACACUAGCACCACUUCCUUGCGCGAAAUUCCAGAAAAUGACCCUUUGUAUUUACUAUCCUUGGCCAAUUUACAGUAAUGUCACUGUUGCUUUGGCUGACAAGUGAAACAUUACAAAUAAGGAGCUUCUGAGGCAGAGACGAUGCCCAUAACAGGCGACAAUGCCAAUAACGGGGCGCGAAAACUCUAAAAAUAUCAGCCCUGUUCAAGGACCCUCGUCGUACUAUAUUAACAAUUGUUGACUGCCAAGCUAGGACCCUCCUUUCUGCUCUCACAGCACGAAUUGUGAUCCUUUGACUUCCCCCGGCUUCCCAGGAGAAUUCCCAUCCAAUUUAGCGAGAAGAUGGUGAACAAUGUCACUAACUUGAUCUCCUUUUUCUCUGAUGUGUCAAAAAUACUUUCCUUUCAGAGACCACUUAUUCACGUUACUUUACAAAAAACCGAAAUCGAUCUCGUUUUCAAACUCCGCUCUAGAUACCACUUAUUCUCAAAAUCAAAGCCAGUUUAAUUUGCCAAAAACCAAAAUUGCUUUUCGCUUGCACCGUUCGAAAAUUAUAAAUGAAAAAAAUUAGAAUUGUUCGAAUGAAAUUGGGUUCUUGAGUUUAGGGGAAGGCGACCAAUUGUUCGAGUUUUUUAUUUUUAAGUAAAUGAAAUUAAUUAUUUUAAAGGUAAGAUGUUGAAUAUAAAUGAAAUUCGGAGUGGGAACUAUUAAGUUGAGAAGGGUAGUUGGGAAAGCUAAGGGAUGUUAAAAUGGGAGAAAAAGAGGGAAUAUUACGUAUUAUUGAAUGCAUUCUUUUGUCAGGCCUUAGAAUAAGCAAAUGAAAUACCGCCCAUGUUGCAAAGUCGAGGAGACUACCCAGUAAAAGAGUAAAUAAAAUAAAGGAAAUCGAUCGCGAACGAUAACAAUAUUUGUCAAAGAAUAACCGGAGUUACACACAUGUGUUCAUUUCUUUCGCUUUCCGAACUUUUACAAUGGACAAUUCCUUUGAAAUAGUUAAUUUACAUCACAAAUCGAUUUUGGUUCUUACAUCAAUUUAAUCACCGUCAAUUUUUACAUAGGACGAAAUGAUCUUUUGGGAAUUUCGAAUAACGGUCGAAAAUAUGGAUAUUCUGGGUAGGGUAUCAGAAAAGAGGCCAAGCCUGGCUCCAAAAACUGAAUUUGUUCCUACCCGAAAGAAGAAAAGAAUCGAUGAAUAUUCCGAGGAUCGGUAAAGCAAUGAACUGCCCUUUGUCAAGAAACAUCACGCCCAUAUUACAGUCUGUUGACAGCCCCAAAAGAGAGUGCUCGAAUAGCAAUUGCCGUCUAUAGUUCAACCAAUCCAUUUACCUUUUUCGGAAUCGAGAAUGAAAAUUUACCGGAUCUGGGUUUUCCUAUUGCUUUUUGUAAACAGAGACCAUGUCGUCCAUAAAAUUAAAACUCCUCUUGUUUCGUUUAGCUUGGGUUUCGGCUGCUGCGAAAGAUGUUCCUUCGAUUGUAUGCUGUGAUAAUCAAUAAUCAACUCUCGCGUGUUUACGUUGAGGGAAGGACACGAGACGUAUGGGUUGGAAUAGUGAUCGACUGGUAGACCAUGGAAAUGAUUUGAGCAACACCUUCGUGAGUGCAGAGCGUGCGGUUCCUAUAUGCGUUCUCGAGCCACCAUCAUUAUAAACUAUCAAAUCUAGUCACAUAUUCUUUCGUUGUCCCUGACCUUGAACUUCAACCUGAAUGCCCACGGAGGCAAAAGCAAAAAUUAAAUCAAAUUUUCAUAGGCCAAAUCAAUGUGGUGUAUCCUAAUUGUAUAUAAGGAGCAAACAACACAAGGCAACCACUUCGGUCUCGUUGCUUUCAGACCAGAAAAACCGCAAGUCGUCCAUUUUUGUUCAGAUUUGGGUGUUAGCCCAGAACAGGGGGGAUCCGUAGACCGGAAACAGUAAAAGUAUAUUUCUUUCCAAUUGGUCGGCCAUCAAGUGAAUGGCGGAAUCCUUGGUUUCUCAAAUUCCUAAAGAAAAUUAGUCUUUGAUCCUUUGGUGAAGAACACUGUGCCAUAACCUUAAAUCACGUCGCCGGUCUUUUAUUUUCCCCAUUUGGAAAGCCCUCAGCAAAAUUCCGCUUGAAGUCCAGUUUGCAUGAGAUACCCAGAGCUCCUAAGGUACAUUGUCUAGGAUGUUACUAUGGCCAUAAGGCUUCGCUGUCUAAUAUCUGUACUCACGUAAUCUACAGCAGCAGCACUGCAUUCUACAGCACAUUUAAUGUAGAAGUUCACUGGAAGGGCAUUGAAGACAUCUGCCGGGCAGACUGCCCAACGCCAGUAGCACCUGCAGUUUUUUAUAUCACACAAAGCUUGGGUAUAUGAUAUUUCUUGUUCAGCGCUAGCCAAGACAUAGUAUAACCAUAUGUUAGGAUGUGACGAACAACGGCCGGCUUUGUACGCCUCUUUUACCCUCAGUUCUAUGUUUAGCCUCCAAUUGAAAUUAGGAUGCGCGGGUACACCGAAAUAACUUACAUUGGAGGAAAGUGCCAAUGUUUGUCCAUUUUACAGAAGUAGGUGGAAAUUGGAUACAGCAUCAGUUCCGUUUUGGUUAGCUUUAUUUAAAGUCCGCAUCACUCUUAACGGAGGCGUCGGCGAGCGCUAACAUUUUCACCCAGUGGCUUCCCUCUGCUUGUAGCUCUGGACCAGCGGCGACAUUCCAGAUUAUAUUGGAUUAUCCUGAUUCAUAGCAUGGGCACUAUCAAAUACAUAAGAGACCCUACUAAUCAUAUUCUGGUUGGAGCCUCCUUGAUGGCUCUGGUACUAACGAUAUUAAAAGCCUGACGGCAGCUAGAGUGUACUGUUUGUAGUAUAGCGACCAUUCAGCCGUACUAUUUACUUCAUGAAGAACGAUUUAUGUGAAUUCGCGUCUGCCCUGUUUUGUUAUGAAAAUUUCGAACGCGAGUUAACAACCCUCUAUAAAUUGUUUCCUAAAUAGGAUAAUGUUUCAAGUAAGAACACAUAUAUUUAGUCACGUAGGGACUUUUAGUCUCGGCUUGUAAGCAUGAACGCAACCAUGAAUCGAAUGAACACAUGGAUUGGGCUAAUCAAACAGAACAUAUAAAUAGGGACUUGAUCAAGAAAUGCUGUUCAGUUUCAGCAUAUAGAAUGGGGAUGACAUGAAUUCCUUGUAUUCUUAUAGUUACUGCAUAAAAGAUUAUUUUAAAGAUUUGUAUUUUCUUUAUGAAUGCAAAAACAUAACGAUUUAACUUGCGCAACCGUAGGAGUGCUGACUGCAUCCAAACGAAUUACAGCUUCUGUAGGAGAUUCCGUUCAGAAGCCUUCCGAUUUUUUAAGAAAGGAUGGGCUUCUAUGUUUCUUCGUCAGAAUCUCACUAAGCUAGCACCGUUUGCAGGCCGAUUUGUAUCUCUUUAGAUGUUUAAGUCCUUCCUUGUGAGUUUCUUCAGUUUGGUCAGAUCAUCAUUCCACCCCGAUGGUAAUGCUUUCUUUCCUGUUUUGCAGAAAAGAAGACAUUAAAGGCAUGUAGAAGUCAAUCUCACCAAUAUUCUCUGGUGAUUUAUUUAAAAUUUCCAUGACGCAUAUUCGAUUUGAGAACCGACGCUCUGCGCCUCUGCGAACAGACUUAGUAGCAACAUGUACUCGAAGCUUCCGAUACUCCACUACAUUUUUCCUAAUUGGCACAGGCGUUUCCGAAUAAAGUUUGUGUUGCAGGCAGUCUGCAUUCCAAUUUACAUCAUGAUUAUACAAAAAAACAAUAAUAACAUUCCCGAGUACCUCGACGAACAGUUUUUCAAAGAGGUUCUAGUAACCCAAACUGGAUCUGAAGAUGUCAAAAUAUUUAGCUUGGAUUUCUCAAUGGGAAGCAGUGCUGGUGAAAAUUAUUUGAGCUUUAUUUACCGUGUACAAGUUGUUUAUACCCUAAAAGGAUCGGGAAACAUCGAAACAAACUUCAUUGUGAAAAGUAUUCCCCUGGACGGAGCAAGGGAAGCUUUUGUAGAGUUGGACAUUUUCAACAGUGAGAAAGUAAUGUAUUUCGACAUCUUACCACGAAUUGAGAGUUGUCUUGAUAACAUGAAAAUUGCACCAAAGUGCUACUAUGUUACGAGCAAGCCAAUCGCAACCAUAGUCUUCGAAGACAUGAAAGUGCCGGGAUACAGUAUAGCAGAUCGAGUGAAAGGCCUGGACCUUGAUCACAGCAAAAUUAUUUUAACUAAAUUAGCGCAGUAUCACGCUGGUGGCAUGUUACUUCUGGAAAAAGAACCUUCGUUGACAGCAUCUGCGCAAUUAAAGCGUGGAAUAUUCUCAUCAGUUAGUUUAACGCCAACCAAUAUGGGAAAGCCUUUAUAUAUGAACGUUUCAAGGCUUGUCGGGCAUGCAUCAAAAUGGUAUGGCUAUGAGAAAAUCGUGGACAAACUGCAAGACUGCUAUAAAAAUGAAACUCUAGUUGAUAAGAUUCUAGAUACAAUCCGACCAUCACCAGAUGAUAUAUUAGGAAUCUGCCAUGGAGAUUGCUGGGUAAACAACUUUCUGUUUAAAUACAAGGAGGAUUUGCCAAUUGAUGCUGUUUUCGUUGAUUUCCAAGGAAGCAUGCGCGGGAGUAUAGGACUUGACAUUAACUACUUUUUCGCUAGCAGCCUGCAAAUAGACGUCUUACAUAACAAUAGAGAUCAGCUGAUUGAAGAGGCUUACUACCCUGCCUUCCGUGCAGCUUUAGAAAGAGGUUUUUAUAAGAACAUUCCCACAAUUCAAAAUGUCAAAGAUGAAAUUAAAAGGAAAGCCAUGUUUGGAUUUUUGAGCUCAAUCCUGGUCUUACCUGCAAUAGCAAUGAAUAAAGAAGACUCAGCUGAUAAUUCCGUUGAAACUUUUAAAGAUGAAGAAAAAGCAAAAAAAAUUGGAGACCUCUCCUGCUCAUCAGAACGAUUUUUAGAAAGUCAAAAAAUUUUGUUGAAAGAAUACGAUAGUUAUGGAUUUUUUGAUUAAUGGUAUUGUUCGGCUAACAAAUUUUAUUAAUAAGUAUUACAUAAUGACAAAUUUCAGUCAGCGUUUGCACAACUGACCUGAGGUUCAAACUGAUAAAUUGCCAAUAAAUGUUUAAAAAUUGAACUA